AGCCCAGCUGGAGGAAGCAGCAGCAGCAGCAGCAGCAGCAGCAGCAGCAGCAGCAGCAGCAGCAGCAGCAGCAGAAGAAGAAGAAGAAGAAGAAGAAGAAGAAGAAGAAGAAGAAGCAGCAGCAGCAGCAGCAGCAGAAGCGGCUGCGGCGGCGGCGGCGGCCAGGAUGAGCACUGGUGACACUGUGUGCAUGGGCUGGCUCAUCAAGUCGCCUCCCGAGAGGAAGCUGCAGCGCUAUGCUUGGCGCAAACGCUGGUUUGUCCUCAGGCGGGGCCGCAUGAGUGGCAAUCCUGAUGUCUUAGAAUACUACCGCAACAAGCACUCCAACAAGCCCAUCCGUGUGAUAGACCUCAGUGAAUGCACUGUGUGGAAACAUGCAGGCCCUGGUUUCAUUAGGAAGGAAUUUCAGAAAAAUUUUGUGUUUAUUGUCAAGACCACUUCCCGUACAUUCUACCUAGUAGCCAAGACUGAGGAAGAAAUGCAGGUGUGGGUACACAGCAUCAGUCAAGUUUGCAAUUUCAGUCAUCUGGAAGAUGGUGCAGAUUCCAUGGAGAGUCUCUCUCACAUGCCCUCCUCCUUCCAGCCAUCUCCUGCCAGUUCACUUCAUACUGUCCAUGUUGCCAACUCUGCCUUACUAAAAGAUGACCGAAACACUAAUAGUGUAGUCACUGAGGAAACCAGACGUGAGUCAGAGUUUCUGUUCCUUCCUGAUUAUCUGAUCCUGUCCAACUGUGAGACUGGAAGACUACACCAUGCCAGUCUUCCCACCAGAUGUGAUAGCUGGUCAAAUUCAAACCACUCAUUGGCACAGACUUCAUUUGAUGAUGUUUUUCUUGAUGGUCUACAGCCAUUUAUCUCUAAUAAUUUGGUCCAUCCCUUGCACCAUGGGAAAGUAUCUCAGGAUUUUCCUUCCAUACGGCCCCAGGCUUCUUUAAUCUGGAAUAGAGAAAUCAAUGGCCCAUCUAGGAACCUCAUGUCUUCUUCACCAUUGUUGGAAUCUUCCUUAAACCCCACAGUUCAUGUAGAAGAAAAGCAAGUUUCCUUACCCAGUGGGGUAAAAGAACUAAACAUUAUGUCUAACACUCCACCUCCUCGUCCCCCUAAGCCAAGUUAUCUCUCUGAACAACGCCAAGAUCAGCCCUUGUUGACUGGGCACAGCAGUAACAAGAAGCCAGGGUAUACUAUGGUACCAAGAAGAAUCUCUCUCUCUGGGUUAGACCAUGUGGGGUCCUGGAAAGGUGAUGUACAAAGCCAAUCCUUAAGACACAGAGAUAAGCGGCUCAGUUUAAAUCUGCCAUGUAAGUUUUCACCGAUAUAUCCCACAGCUUCACCCAGUGCUGAAGACAGCUAUGUGCCCAUGAGCCCUAAAGGCACUGCUUCUGAACUUAGACCCCAUUGCAGCCAGGAUGACUACAUUCCAAUGAGCUCAAGCAUGCUGCCUGAGUUACCUGCAGACUUGGAGCCACCCCCAGUGAACAGAAAUCUCAAGCCCCAGAGAAAAUCACGGCCACCUCCCUUGGACUCGAGAAACCUUUCCACCAUCCAGGAACACACAUCUCUAACCAGGACUUACACUGUGCCUUGCAAUCGAACCAGUUUUCUCUCUCCACAAAGAAAUGGUAUUAAUUGUGCAAGACUUUUUUCCACUCCUUCUGAAGAAGAAGAAGAAGAAGAAGAAGAAGAAGAAGAAGAAGAAGAAGAAGAAAAGUACAUCCAAAUGGAGGAAUACGGAACAGUCAGUUCCCUGAGCAGAAGUGCUCUUUCUUGGACAAAGAAAUUCAGCUUGGAUUAUUUGGCCCUGGACUUCAAUUCAACAUCACCAGCCCCUGUACAGAAGAAACUUCUCCUUUCAGAAGAGCAGAGAGUAGACUAUGUUCAAGUGGAUGAACAAAAGACACAAGCUCUUCGGAGCACCAAGCAGGAAUGGACUGAUGAGAGGCAAUCCAAAGUGUGAGAAGUGUGGGCUUGGGUGUGAUUUUAGCCUUUAUUUCUAAGUUCUCUCUAAAAAGUUCUCCAAAAAGUUUUCUAAGAAAGUUCUUUUCUAAAAGGUUCUUCCUCUUCUCUUUGUCCUCAGCACUUAUACAUCUUUCAGAAUACAUGAUCAUGUGUUAAAACGUUUCUCACAAAAA